CUACUGGCACUCAGAUAUACACUAGGUCGCAGAAUACACCAUGUCAAGACAUACCCAGUCCAGUCACCUCAGGGAGCCACAAUCCUGCUCUACGGCCACGAAAAUGGCGUCACCGUCGUUUGGCGCGGCGGUCGAAGGCUCAAACCCCAGACAGAGAACAAAUCAAAAGAGAAGAGUAACGGUUCUACCUCCAAUGCCAUCAUGAUUAUCGAUUCCGACGAAGAAGAUGUUCCCCCUCCUUUUGUCGACAAGCCCGAGUUCGAAGACAGCCCGACCUCGACGGCGACCUCCCCCCUCGCCGAAAUCAUACAGACAUUGGAUCUCGCCUUUGGCACCGCAGUCCUCAAAAUUGCUGUUCUACCAAUGCCAAACACCACGUCCGCCGAGGCAGCCUGGAAUGGUGCCGACAUUCUCAAACAAAAGAUCAUCUUCGCUGUGACUUGCGCCACGAGCGAGGUCUACCUGAUUACUUUGCCUCUGACGCCACCAUCCAACGAGAGCAAGGCGCGACCUGAGCUACGGGAAAGCCUGCUGGCAGAGAAUGCAGGAAAGGGCGUGUGGGGAGAGACAUUGACGCUGUUGGGGGGCCAGAGCCGGCCAUGUGAAGGAGUCGCCAUGACAUUGGCCAAGUCGACGGCUGCAUCGAGAAGCAGAUCGGUGGAGUCCACGACAACACAGUCACAGACAAGACAAUCUCCUCGCGUUAUCGUCGCAGCCCACUCCCGAGAAGCAAGUGGCACUCUUCGCUUCUGGAACGUGCCCCUGGAUGCCAAGCCUGGUGUCGUCAGUCGGCUGGAGUCGUUCCAAACAGAAUACCUCCCAUCACCACUUUCCAGCAUCUCUUUUAAUCCUACCCAGCUCACCCAGCUGUUGACCGUCGCCUCGACACAUGCCGUGCGUAUCUACGACUAUUCGACACCGGCGCUUCCACUCGAGGAUGCCUCUGAAGGUCCCUUCCCGAUCCAGGGCUCGUGGCUGCUCUCGCUCUAUCCCCCCUUCACCCGCAGCGCAACCAUGUCGACUUCCCGGAAACCAAUCGUAGCUGCCGAGUGGAUCGCUCACGGACGCGCUGUUUUGACCUUGCUUGCAGAUGGGCAAUGGGGCAUCUGGGAUAUUGAGGACGCGAGCCCAACGGCCACCAGUGCUAGUUCGGGUGGUCUGUUCAGCAAAGCCAGCGCCGGCCUUCGCGGUUCUGCCAUCACCAACUUUAGCGUGACAGGCCACCUGGAGGGCACCAGCCCCUUGAAAAACCCCGCCACCCAAAAGUCACCAGCCGCCACUGGGUCAUCUCGCGAAUUUGUUCCCAUGACGCCUCACACACGACGUGAAGCUCUUGCGUCCGCCAAUGGAGGCCCCGAGAAGCUCGUUUGUGUACGGGGAGGCAUCACCGUCACUCACUUGUCACCCGCCAAGGGAACAGCAACAGGCGAUGAAACGGCGCUUCUCUGGCUUGGAGGCUCUGACCCACUUGUCUCGGUUGUUCCAAACGUUGCCAAAUUCUGGGACUCGCAGCUGCGAAAAGCUGCUGGUGGCGGCAACCUCUGGAGUGGCACCCAGCUCACACGCAUGGCCCGUCUGACGGAUCUUGGUGCUGGUCUCCUCGGAGAGCGCUGCACAGGAGCCGCUGCCAUCCCCAAGCCUGUCACUGCCAACAACUCUUCCGCGUCCGAAAACGGCACCCCCCCGGUCGAGGCUAGUCUCCCGGUUGAGGUGCUCAUUCAAGGCGAGAGCCGCGUAGUGUUUGUUCACGAAAGCGAGGAUGCUCCCUCUUUCGCCAGCCGUCUUCUAGGAGCUCGUAAGAAGGUUAGCGGCCGCACAGAUCUCGAGCCAGCCAAGGCCAUUCUCGCCUAUCCCAGGCCUGAGAAGCCCAACAGCGUCGCUUUCAACCUCAGCAUAGCCCACCGACCAGCAGCUGACAAUGCGGCCUUGCUCCGGUCUGUCCGUCGACCCGCAGCAGCCGGUGGGCUAUUUUCCCAGGAUCAACCAAGAGGGGGCGAUAGCUUGUUCCCGUCGGUUGAAGCCCCGGCUGUUCCUCCUCAGGGUGCGAGCCAGGCGAUUGGGCUCCGGUUUAUUAACGAUCUGAACUUUGCGGCUGAUCAGCCCGAUGACGAGCAAGAGGCGAUCAACAGGAACAUUGAGGAGGAGAUGAUGGACAUUAUGGAGAUUGACAGGGAGCUGGAGCAGAUGGAGGAUGAGAGGGAGCGGUCGACGAAGAGGGUCUUUUUCGAGGAGGGUUAG